ACGUGGGCGACACCACGCUAAUAAAUGCGAGGAUGGGAGCCAGCGGCUAAUCCGGGAAUAGCACAGCAGAGGCAUGGAGGAAGACAAAUGGGGUUUUGAAGUAGGGGAGGAGGCAGUACUUCAAAGCCCGAACACCUCUCUUCAGUUACUGUCGCCGAACGAGACACGAAACAGGCGAAUGGCUAAGCUUUUAGCCCUGGUGCUGGUUCUGGUGCUUGCAGGAGUUCUACCUUUACUAAUCACGAUUUUACUCGGAAGUCAAAGGCAUGCACCGCCGGGCAGCCAGCCAACCACGCCACCCGACCUGUCAGUCAACAAACUAGAAACUUCAAGACAUCAAAACUUGGAUAAUCCAGCUGCCAUGCUAACAGCUCCUGUAGGGGAUAACACGAAUGGGCAGUACCUUCAAUGGGCACAUGACAUCGGAAAUGCUUACUGUCACGGGGGCUUCAGCUACUCCAAUGGGGAUCUUGUGGUGCCCAGAGAUGGCUUGUACAGUGUCUACCUGCAGAUCACGUAUAGUGGUUUAGUGUGUCCUGUCCAUAAAAAACUGAUGAACAAGGUGUUGCAUAGUUCAGAAGAAUACAGAAAUGAUAUGACUCUCCUCUCAUCGAUCCACACAAUGAGCUGCAGCGAAGAUGUCUGGAGUAAAUCCCUCUAUACAGCUGGCUUCUUUUUCCUGAAAGCAAAAGACAAACUACGUGUGAUGUCAUCACAUCCAGAUUAUAUUACCAAGGCAGAAUACGAAGUGUUCUUUGGCGCUGUGCUUUUUCCUCACUAAUAUCUAUAUCACAUAUAUCAAGAUUGUUCGAUCUUGAGGAUGGUUUUUAGCCUCUUCUCCAGGAAAAUCAGUGUAUUUUAUGGUUUCCCCUUUACUCUUUUUGCUCAUUAAACAUAUGCAGCUACCGAUUGAUUAACAGCAGUGAGAAGCUAUUGAACAAGCUAUGACAGUGGGUUAAUUUCACCCUAUGCAAGUUAUAAGCUGCAUUGUUUUUUACUCAUUAACGACAGCUCACUUUACAUACUGCCUCCUAAACAGUGGUUUCCUGGUAUAAAAUAUAAUAUAUGUCCUUGACAGCACCUGACUCGUAUAACUGCAAAACUCAUCAAUUAUAGCUGCCUUCUUAUUUUAUAUGUGUGGAAUUAAAAUAUAUGGGCGAUUGUGGCUCAAGAGUUGGGAGUUUGCCUUGUUCUCCCGGUCGCCGGUUCAAGCCCUGGCUUGGACAGUCUCGGUCGUUGUGUCCUUGGCCAAGACACCCGUUGCCUACUGGUGGUGGUC